GAACCUCGGUGCAAGCUGGUGACCCCAUUGGCCGUCUGUUGUUGAUCGCUGAUGCUGUGGGCAGAGCUGAGCACAGUGUGUGAUCUGCACACGCUCAGAGGUGGAAGGGACUCUGUGAAAAACACAGCUAAGUUUCUUAACAAAGAUUUUCUCAUGACAUUCUUUCAUGUUCUGUCACUUUUUUGACAUCUGGCAGGAAAUGAGUGAGAGAUUUUGGGGUGGGAGGAAGAGUAGGGACAGAGAGAGAGAGGGACUGGGUGAGAUUCAUGUGUUUUGGAACAAUAGUGGGCAGAGUGAGUGUGUGAGAAAGAGAGUGAGAGAGAGAAUAUGAAUUGAAGCACAGAAGUAUAGUUGAGAUUCUCAGAUGCAGAGAUCUGAGUGGUAGUUGAGCCCCGCCCAGCUGAAUGACAGGGUCAAGAGUUCAAGUGACAAAUUGGAGAUGCUUCCUUGGACUGUGUGCCACAUUCAGGAUGGGUGGAGGUUACUGAUCACUACUAAUUGUGUGUGUGUGUGUGUGUGUGUGUGUGUGUGUGUGUGCUCGUAUAUGUUCACAGUGGUCUUUACAGACGUGCAGCUGAGUUUUUGCAGAAGUGCAUUCCACCUCACUUGUUAGUUCUUUCAGCAGCGGGAAGCGAUUCUUUAACCUCUAACUUGACGGCUGGAAGUGGAAGAGAGGGGCAGUCAAGACCCUGCUGACCUCUGACCUCUGCUUGCAUCACAGCUGGAAUCCGCUUGGAUAAAAGGAGGUUCUGUGUCUGUAUCUUUAGAGCAUGUUUGGGCGGGGGGUGCAGGGUGACUGAACUGACGCCCCUGGUCUCUGCACUCGGCAGGGACACGCUUCCGUUCCGCUGAGACUGGGGUGCGUUGGGAAGCUGGGCAGCAGCAUGCAGUCGGACGAGGGAACAGAUUGGCUCCUGGAGCUCCUGACGGAGGUUCAGCUGCAGCAGUACCUACUGCGUAUCCGUGACGACCUCAACGUCACGCGCCUCUCGCACUUUGACUACGUGAAGAGUGAGGACCUGGAGAAGAUCGGGAUGGGGCGACCAGGUCAGAGACGGCUGUGGGAGGCAGUCAAGAGAAGGAAAGCUCUGUGCAAGCGCAAGUCCUGGAUGAGCAAGGUGUUCAGCGGUAAGAGGCCAGACUCUGAGCUCCAGCCCCAGCCCGUUUCCUCUUUCCGUAAGCCGUCCCCCACCCCGCCCCCCGCUGAGGGCCAGCAGGCCCUCACCUGCCUGAUCAGCGACAGGGACCUGACGCUGCUGGAGAAGCUGGGCGAUGGUUCCUUCGGCGUGGUCAAGCGCGGUGAGUGGGUGGCGCCCACAGGGAACGUGCUAAACGUGGCGGUGAAAUGUCUGAAGUCCGACGUGCUCAGCCAGCCAGACGCCCUGGAUGACUUCAUACGGGAAGUGAACGCCAUGCACUCGCUGGACCACCAGAACCUCAUCCGGCUAUAUGGUGUUGUCCUCACGCCCCCGAUGAAAAUGGUGACGGAGCUGGCCCCUCUGGGCUCCUUGCUGGAUCGGCUGAGAAGGCACCAGUGCCACCUGCUCAUCUCCACGUUGUGUCACUACGCCAUCCAGAUCGCCAAUGGCAUGGCCUACCUGGAGUCCAAGCGCUUCAUCCACCGCGACUUGGCCGCCCGCAACAUCCUGCUGGCCUCCAAGGAGCAGGUGAAGAUCGGGGACUUCGGCCUCAUGAGGGCGCUGCCCAAGAACGACGACCACUACGUCAUGCAGGAGCACCGCAAGGUCCCCUUUGCCUGGUGCGCUCCAGAGAGCCUUAAGACACGCACAUUCUCUCAUGCCAGUGACACCUGGAUGUUUGGGGUGACGCUGUGGGAGAUGUUCACCCACGGCCAGGAGCCCUGGGUGGGCCUCAACGGCAGUCAGAUCCUUCAUAAGGUGGAUAAGGACGGGGAGCGGCUGCCCAAACCUGAGGACUGUCCCCAGGACAUCUACAACGUGAUGCUGCAGAGCUGGGCUCAGAAGCCUGAUGACAGACCCACCUUCAUCGCUCUGCGCGAGUUUCUGAUCGAGACGAUGCCCACAGACAUGAGGGCACUGCAGGACUUUGUAGAGCCGGACAAACUGCUCAUCCAGUUAAACGAUGUCAUCACCAUCAUCGAGGGCAGGGCUGAGCACUACUGGUGGCGCGGACAGAACAAGCGGACCCUGAAGGUGGGCCAGUUUCCCAGGAACGCAGUGACCUCGGUAGCUGGCCUGUCAGCCCACGACAUCAGCAGGCCACUCAAGCACAGCUUCAUUCACACGGGCCAUGGAGACUCCAACCCCCAACGCUGCUGGGGCUUCCCUGACAAGAUUGACGACCUUUACCUGGGCAACCCCAUGGACCCUCCAGACGUUCUGGGAAUGGACCCGACAGCCGCCAGACCCACUCAGCUGCCGGGACGAGCUAAAAAGGAGCCCCCUCCACGGCCCCCCCAGCCAGCAAUGUUUCUGAAGAAAGCCUGCUACGAGACGGUUCAUGAUGAUGAUGAUGAAUCUGCAGCCUCAGGUCUGACGAGGCUCACUCUGAAGAGCCCGGGGGCUAUGAUCCGAGGACUGAGACUCAAACCUCAAACCGUGCAAGGGGAUGGUGCCCGGACUGAGGGGCCUCUCAUAGACUUUGACGAGGAGAUCUUCAUCUCCGCAACUCCUUCCCCAAUGACAGAACUGCACCCUCCUGCUGCACCCAAACUGGCCCCUAGCCCGCUGCCUGACUUCCUCCUGGACACCACGCCCCCCCAGAGUCCCACUGGCCUCUUGCACCCCACCCUGGUGGUAGACUGGGAUACCAAACCCCUGCCCGCGCCCCCCGCGUACGACGAUGUGGCCCAGGACGAGGAUGAUGUGGAGGUGAGCUCCAUCAAUGAGGCUGAGCGGAAGGGUGGGGGGGAACAGGGUGGAACGUCGGAGGCCACGUCCCCAGAGGGCAUGAUGGGCGGGGACAAGCCACCGGUUGAGGACAACCUCUUCGUCCCCACCAGACAGGGUGGAAGUCGCAGCUUCUCCCAGUCAGCAGAAAUCUUCCAGGAGCUGCAGCAGGACUGCAUGAGGAGGCUCAACGUCCCGGUGAGCUCCUCCCUGCCACCAUCCCCCACCCCCCCCGGCAUGGAGGCCCCCCACCGGCAGAUCAUCCUGCCUUUCCCCCAGGACAAGCCCCAGAUCCCGCCACGGAUUCCCAUCCCACCACGCCCCAGCAGGCGCGGGGACUGUGCCUACCGGUCCCGGGACGUGUCCCCCUCCUCUGGGGGUGAGGGGGACAACAAGGACAGGCCCCCCCUGCUCCCUCCCCGGGACAUCCUGUCCCAGCCCAGCUCCCGUGCCCCCAGCCCCCUGGGCCCCCACGUUGGGUCCCCCCAGCAGAGGGUCGGGCUGUGCUCUGCCCUGUCCCUGGGGUCCUGCUGCCUGUCCACCUCCCCGAACAGCAGGCCCAUGCCCACCACGCAGAGCUUUGCCUCCGACCCCAAAUACACCGCCCCCAAGGUGAUCCAGGCGCAGGAAAAGGAGAGCGCUCGGGCGCCCUGCAUCCUCCCCAUUGUCCGGGACGGCAAGAAGGUGAGCAGCACCCACUACUACCUCCUGCCCGAACGGCCGCCUUACCUGGACAGAUACGACCGCUUCUUCAGGGAGGCCGAGAACCCUGAGGACAGACGGUCGGCCAACACCGCCACCGUGCGACCCAUGAUGCACCAGGGCAACUUCAAGGACAACUUCUCCUCCAAUAACAACAGCAGCCUGAAGGACUUGCAUCACAUGAAGACCUCGCAUGGCAUGCCCUGGAUGAGCAAUGAUGGACAAGCCGGGAUUUUAGACACUAUCAAACAGGUGCAGGAAGCAGUGCAUGGAGUGACAAUAGAGGAGUGUCAGACAGCACUGCAAAACUAUGGCUGGAACAUACAGAGGGCAGUCCAGUACCUGAAGGUGGAGCAGCUGUUCUGUUUGGGCCUGAAGACCCGGACAGAGUGCCAGAAGGUUCUGGAGAUGCACGACUGGAACCUGGAGCGGGCCAGCACCCAGCUGCUGGAUUCAUACAGCUCUGUGCGGCAGAGGCGAUGACACCGUCAUUUGGGAAGGUCGCCUUUGGGCCGAUACCCCAUGACUGACUCGAUAAGAGACAGGAGCGCUGUCCGAGGCCCUUUCCCCAUGUACAAACACCACUGCUACUGCCGUCGCCCCUGCUGCUUCUUGAGAGACGUCGUGUCCUGUGACCUCCGACCCCACCGUGACCCUGUUCCUUGGCACUUGGGGGGUGCAAAGCAAGGGGUUGGGUGGG